GUUAUCCAUUGUGGUGAAAAAAAUGUAGUGCGGUGGGUGCACAGGCAUUUGCAGAAAUUUAUUUAGUGUAUUUUUAUUAAAAAAUUCGAUCGAACAAAGUUUGAGAUUAUCUAAAAUAAUAUUAGAAGUAAUAGUUUAUAAUUUUAACCUUACAUAGUUCGGAGGAACUUAUUUAACGACGCUCCGCAAUUUUUCUCUGCUAAUGAGUACGCAUAUUUGUCCUCAGUAUCUUCUGCAACAUAAAAAUUUUGCCAUUUAUAAAUAUCCAAAGUCUUGAGUAGACGACGUGCGCGCUGUGGAUACAUCAAUUCAAGAGCAAUAACAAAAGCUACGUCCAAAAUCAGCACAGUGAUUUAGGGGUGUAUACAUGUGUAUGUGAGCCUUUUCAUGAGUUAAAACAUUCGCAUAUUAUUGUUAAUUUUUCUUUAAACACUUAAUACUCAUCGAAUUCUCAUCAAUGUAUGCAUGUAUAUGGUACAUGUAGUAAGGUAAUAUAUAGUUGUGGACACUGUUCGGAUCUAACGCUUUGUUGGUCAGUUUGGUAACUCGUCGCGUUCGCGUUGAGUGCUUGGAAUUUACAGGGUCUUGCACCGGUUGGUUUAUCUGUGUCCGUUGGAAUCGAUUCUUAUUAAUAGCUUCCAAACGACUUCAUAAACAUAAGCGUUUGAAAUUACUGUGAAAAAUGGCCAAUAAAUUUCCCACGGUAUAGGUAGUACCAAUUCAAAUAAGUGUCGCUGGAGAUAUCAGUAGAGAAGACCUUAACGAAGUAUUCAUCAGCUGUUGCUUUACUCACUGCCAACAUUACAACAACUUUGCUAUCACAAUAUUUCUUGCAGUUACGUCGAUGCAACAAGCAAUUAAGUUAAAGUUAUAUGGCAAAAAAGAUAACGAACACUUAGAAAUUGAUAAAAAAAAGCAACAGUUAUAUUGUCACAGCAACACAUGAAAAAAUAAUAUCACAUCUGUAGACAAAUCAUUAUCACACGACCAUAAAGAAUUUAUAUCAACGAAAUGAGCUAUUAGAAGGCAGUUUGAAGUCACAUACUCCUCCGGAAACUACAUAUAAGCAUCGGAACAAAAAAUAUGGGCAUUUGCUUUUGACGCUACACAAUCCCAAACGAGACAGAGUGAGGGAGAAGUGUGCGGGCUUCACAGUGAGCUGAGGCAGUUCGGAAUAAAAUGAAACAACAUAAAAGACAAUGACAUUCCAGUUUGCUAAUUUUAAAUUCAAGACCUUAUCUUAUAAUAAGAUACGCAACAGUAAAAAUCAAUAAAAAGUCAAAUUCCCAAACAAAGGCUUACCACAUUGCAAAAAAAAAAGAAAACAGUUAACAUCUCGAUAACUGUUGGUGGCAAUGCAUGUAAAUAAGCGCCAAAACUGCAUCGAUAUAAUAGACUUUUACAAAUUAAUUCAAGCGAGUUGAAUGGCGAUUGAAUUCGUCCCAAGAAGCAGAAUCAGUCAACAAAGUAAACCAACGUCGGGGGAAAGAAACCCUAAAACAAAAAAACCAGUAGCAGCUAUGGGCAGCGUACAUAAUAUAAGAAUAAUUCGUUUUCUGCUCGUGGUGAGCAUUGUCGUCCUGACCAUUUUCAUCUAUGCCUCAUAUUCAUCAAAUGCAACCCUCACACCAGCGCCACCACUUGCCAUACGUGCUGCCACCGUAUCUGAUAGUGCCGGUGUCAGUGCGCAAUUACAACAACUUACAGGAGCAAAUCAAAGCAGAUUUAGGAGCGAUCCUGCAGUCUCAUUUGGCGGUCGCAUUGACAACAAUGCCUUCGAGGGGAGCAAUCACUUAGACGCGUCGUCACAGGGUAGUUCAACGCUACUGAAGUUGAAUAAGAAGGCUGCUGUGUUACCUGGAACUGGCACAGGCAUUGGGGCGGGGGCUGGCGCUGGCGCAGGAAAAGCUCUCUCCACUAGCACAGUAAAGAAACAGCAUCAGCAUCGCGAGCCAACUAUCGAUGUAGACGCGGUCAAUGAUGAUACGCCCGAUGAUGAUGAGAUGGAACGUUUUGGCAAUGAAUUGCUCGAAGAUGCAGAAGUGCAAAAUAUUGAUAAUACUUUGGUUGUCGGCAGCAUAAGCUAUCCCAAUGCUUCAAGCGCAAAUAACGGCGCUCAGCAGGAUCCUUUAAAAUCACAGUCACAAGUGCAACUAGACCAACUGAAAUUAACUAACGGCAAAUCCAGUGAUAACGUUAACAAUCUGAAUAAAAUAUUGGACUCUGAUGUAAUGGUACCUACAUCUAAUUUACAAAAAUUCAUCGAAAAUGCAGAUAAAAUAUUAAGAAACAUCACAGCAUUGCCAACGGCAAAUGAAAAACUGUCUUCUAAGGAUUCGAAAGGCAGCAAGCAGUUAACUGAAGAAAAUACUAUUGUUAAGGCCGCGAAGGUAGAGGACAUUGGUACCGAUGAGGAAGAAGCGAACGACGAUGGUGCACUGCCUCCAUCCGUAGUGAUGACUAUUAAACGUCCUGGAAGUGCCAGUGCUGUACAACAACAUUCAAAUGAAAAUCGAGUGGUGAAAAAAGUAGAAACAAAAGUGACCAUAAAUAAACCUAAGGCAAUACCCAAAGUGCAACCUGCCAGCCAUCCCGUACCACGCAACAAUACCGACCACACCAAAGGUAUACCUACGAGUGAAAUAUAUGAGUCGGGACACUUGAAUGAGGAAAUAAAUUUUGCAAAGAUUUGUCCAAAUCAAGGUGACGAUUUAAAGCUGCUGAUACUUAUCUCGUCCGCGGUAAAUCACGCAGAAGCACGUCUUGCCAUACGACAGACCUGGGCACACUAUGGUACUCGUCGGGAUGUAUCCAUAGCGUUUGUCUUGGGCCGUACGACAAAUGAGAGCGUAAGCAAGGAACUGAGCAUUGAGAAUUUCAUUUAUGGUGAUGUGAUUCGUGGCAACUUUAUCGACUCGUAUACCAAUUUAACACUGAAAACCAUUUCCACAUUAGAGUGGGUUGAUCUGCACUGUCAGCAUGCCAAAUUUAUAUUGAAAACGGAUGACGAUAUGUUCAUUAAUGUGCCGAAGCUACUACAAUUCAUAGAUGGCCAUUCUAAAAACAAGCGUGUCAUAUACGGACGCUUGGCGAAGCAAUGGAAACCCAUAAGGAAUAAAAAAUCAAAAUACUACGUGUCAACUGAUCAAUUCAGUCAGCCACUAUUUCCCCCAUUCACCACCGGUCCAGCGUAUCUCUUAACAAGUGAUGUCAUACAUAUGUUGUAUGAAAAAUGUCUUCAUCAGGUCUACUUGAAAUUGGAGGACGUCUUUACUACAGGGAUUGUUGCGCAACAGCUUGGCAUCAAGCGCGUACAUGCCAAUGAGUUCCUUAAUCGGCGAAUUGCUUUCAAUCCAUGCAAUAUACGCAAAUUAAUCAGUGUACAUAUGGUCAAGUCAAAUGAACAAUUUGAUCUUUGGAAGAAAUUGCUGGAUAAGAGCACCAAGUGUAAAUAGUAUUUUAGGUUUAUACAUUAAAGUCAUAUAACACUGAGCUGUAGUUGUAAUCGUAUUAGAAUAAGUAUCAAUUUAUGAUAGAACCCUGGACUAUUUUUUAUUUUAAAAAAAGUUACACUUUAUUUGAAAGAACUACAUACUUACGAGUAUCUAUACUCAUAUGUAUAACAAAAUUUACGAAAGUAUACAUUUACUAAAUAAUAAAGUGGCAUAGUUUAAACCUCUGCAAAAAUUAUACUUAUA